CAUCGCAAUAAAGGUUUCCCUCUCGCAGCUAAUAAGUGUGAAUGAGAGGGAGCAGAUAAUGACCACAAAUGCCUGGCUCACCCAGGAAUGGAAUGACUAUCGGCUAAGAUGGGACCCAGGAAAAUAUGAAGGGAUUGAUAAACUCAGACUAGCUUCUCAGCAUCUUUGGCUCCCUGAUAUAGUAUUAUACAACAAUGCUGAUGGGACCUAUGAGGUGUCUCUCUACACUAAUGCAAUCGUAUACAACAAUGGAAAUGUGUUCUGGCUGCCUCCUGCCAUCUACAAGAGUGCCUGCAGAAUUGAAGUGAAACACUUCCCUUUCGACCAACAAAACUGUACCUUGAAAUUUCGAUCGUGGACGUAUGAUCACACUGAAAUUGAUUUAGUCCUAAGCAGUGAUGUUGCGAGCAGGGACGACUUCAAGCCCAGUGGGGAAUGGGAUAUUGUCUCUCUGCCAGGGAGAAGGAAUGAGAUUCCAACAGACCCAACUUAUGUUGAUAUCACAUAUGAUUUUAUCAUCAAGAGGAAACCAUUAUUUUAUACCAUUAACCUGAUCAUCCCCUGUGUGCUGAUCACUUCUCUUGCAAUUUUGGUGUUCUACUUGCCCUCUGAUUGUGGCGAGAAAAUAACUCUGUGCAUUUCUGUUCUGCUGGCGCUAACUGUCUUCUUACUGCUUAUCUCAAAGAUUGUUCCGCCAACCUCACUGGAUGUGCCCCUAAUAGGCAAGUACCUGAUGUUUACCAUGGUCCUGGUUACCUUCUCAAUAGUUACUAGCGUCUGUGUAUUGAACGUCCACCAUCGGUCACCCAGCACCCACACCAUGCCCGAGUGGGUGAAGCAAAUGUUUCUCAGAAAGCUGCCUGCCCUAUUAUUUAUGAAGCGCCCUGAGAAUCGAAGUAUGAAGGACAGUAUCGGAAAGAAGCAGUCGUCUGCUGGUACAGGUAGCAAGGCAGAUCAAGCUGAUGUUCAAACAUGCUAUGUGAAUAAAGAGUCAGCAAAAAAACAUGGCUGGCGGUUAGGAGAUAUGUCUGACAAUCAAGAUUUAAGAAAGAAGGGGUCAACAAAGAUUGAUACCAGUGUGCAAGAGGCUGUUGAUGGUGUUAGAUUCAUAGCGGAGCAUAUGAAGAGUGAAGAUGAUGAUCAGAGUAUCAUUGAAGACUGGAAAUAUGUUGCUAUGGUUAUCGACCGGCUGUUUUUGUGGAUAUUUGUGCUUGUGUGUGUGGUUGGCACAUUGGGACUCUAUCUUCAACCUUUAUUUCAAAAUCACGCCUCACCAGAUACAUUUUCUGAUACAGAAUAG